UUGCAAAUGAAUGACAACAAUACCUUAUCCCCAUCUCGUUCCCACGUAUCAGUCUUUGUCUUUUUCCCCACCGCCCUUCCAGCAAGCGACACCGCCACACACCCCAACCUGAACUCGCUCUCCACAAAGAGAUUCCCACUCUGAUUCCUGCCGCGAUCUUGAAGAAGGAAAAAAAAAUAGUGUUCAUUUGAACCAUUAUGGUGGGGUAUUUUUCUGAUGGAUUAGUUUAGUGAGUAUGGCGUUCUCCGUGUGACUGUAUUGGGCUGUUAGGCACCAGGAGAUAUUAUGAGAGAUAACAUAAGAGGAUUUCGAUGGUUGAACUGAGUUUAAGGUUCUCAGUCUACUUGUUCUUAGUUGUUGCAGUAGUUGUCUAACAUGUAUAGCCGCAACAUUUGCGUGCAUUUUAUUUUUGCACUUUUUUUUCUUUUGCAGCUACUAUCUUAUAUAUCCUAUCAACUUGGUUAUUAUUCAUUACAAGAAAAUAAUAUUUUUCUGUUAUUAGAAGAAGUUACAAUGUAAAUUUUUUGCAUAUAGAUUGGGUAAUGUGGUUUCAAUAUUACACCUUUAAAGAAUUGAGGUUGCUGUGUGUCAACGUAAAUGAAUAUUUCUUUUCCAGUUAUUCUUAUAUUUUACUAAUGAAUUGAGGUUGCUGUGUGUCAAUUGAUGUAAAUAUUGUACAGGCUAUUAUUCAAUUUUUUCACAUCUUUGUAAUGGAUCACUCCCAAAUAACAACUAUUGAAGACAUUGACAUAAGUGGAAGUUUAGUAUAUGAUGAUGAUGUUGAUUUGGAGAAAGACAAUGAUGAAUUCGGAGAAGAUGAUCAGUGUAAAAUCAUGGAAGAUGAAGAUGGUGAUUAUGGUGAAGAUAAUAUACAAGAAAUUGUGGGAGAUGAUGAUAGUGGAUUGAGUGAGGCCCCAAUUUUAGGGAGAGUCUUUAAGAUAGCAGAGGAAGCUUAUGGUAUCUAUAAUGAUUAUGCACAAGGUAAGGGAUUUGGAAUACGUAAGCAUUACACUAGCAGGAAUAUGAAAACACAACAAAUAUAUAGGUGGAAUUAUGUGUGCUCAAAGCAAGGUGUCAAGAGACAAAAUGAUAAAAGAGUUGGUGUUCACAAUGUCAAAAGGCGAAGAGAUUCAAGGACAAAUUGUUCAGCGAUGUUACAAAUAAAGUUAGUGGAUGGAUUAUGGAUCGUGGAGAAGUUCAAUGAUGCACAUAAUCAUCCAUUGAUUUUGACUCCUUCAAAGGUGAAUAAGUUUCCUUCUCAUAGUGAUUUACGACGCUCAAAUUUCACUAAAUCACUUGUUACUAAGCUUUUUGAGGAGGGUUUAACGUCAUCAAAAAUUUCAAAGGUGGUGAAUGCUAUCAACCAAGAAGUUAAUAUUAAUCCUGUUCAAGUCAGCACUAUUAUAUCAGGACAAAGAAAGAAUAAUAUAGGACGAGAAUGUCAAGGCAUCAUCAAACACUUUCAAAGGAAGUCCGCUCUUGAUGGAUCUUUUUAUUUUGAUUUGCAUUUGGCAGAAGAUGGUACACUAAGAAGCAUUUUUUGGGCUGAUGGCAGGUCGAGAGCUGCAUAUGCUCAAUUUGGUAAAGUCCUUGUUUUUGACGUGACUUAUAAAACGAACAAGUUCAAGUUUCCUUUUGCCCCUUUUGUGGGGGUUAAUCACCACGGGCAAUCAAUUUUAUUUGCUGCAGCUUUGUUAGAAGAUGAAACAGAGGCAACAUUUACAUGGCUGUUUGAACAGUUUUGGACAUGUAUGUUUGACAAGUAUCCUAUUGCUAUUAUCACUGAUCAAGACAAAGCUAUGGGAAAAGCAAUUGCUAAUAUAUUUCCAAAUGCACGACACUGUUUUUGUGCAUGACACAUAAAAAAACAUGUUAUGAAGCAUAGUCAAGCAUUGCGCGUACAAUUUAAAGAGAGUUUUGAUAUUGACUUCCAAGAGUGGUACAAAAGUCGAGACAUUGAUGAGUUUGAAGGCAAGUGGGAAGCAUUGAGGACUACAUAUGAUAUUAAAGCAGGUAGUUGGUUGGCUAACAUGUAUGAUUCACGUCAUCACUGGGCAAAGGCAUACUUGAAAGAUACUUUUUUUUGCUGGAAUGACCACAAGUGGCCGAAGUGAGAGCAUCAAUGCAUUUUUUGAUGGAUACGUCAACUCUAACACGAUGUUAAAUGAUUUUGUUACCCAAUAUGACAAAGCAAUCAAGUCUAGGAGGGAUGCAGAAGAAGAUGAGGAUUUCAAAACUAGAAAUACAAAAGCAAUUUUGGAGACUAAUCAUCCAAUUGAAGAAAUAGCUGGAGAACGCUACACAAGAAAAUUAUUUGAGAUCUUUAAAAGGUAGUGGAAGGCUGCCAUACUUGAUUACUUUCAUGAAAAGAUUUCAUCACAACAAAAUUUGAUCGAGUAUAGGGUGGGGUCUCAUGAAGUUGAUAAAAAGUGGUGGGCAAUUGUCGACUGUCAUUUGACUGAAACAUUCACAACUCAUUGUUCGUGUGAAAAAUUUGAGACUAUGGAAAUUUUGUGCAAACAUAUUUUAUACAUCGUGAAGAAGAAACAAAUAAUGACCUUACCUGAAAAAUAUAUUUUGUCUAGAUGGACAAUGAAUGCAAGCUAUAAGGCUAAUAAUCUUGUAGGUGUUCAUGCAGAAACAUCUACUAAUGAAGUUAGUGCAUUGUCUUUGUGGUUGGUUCACUCCAAAUUCAAUAUUGUUGUUUUCGAAGCAAAAGAUUCUAUUUUUGAGAUUAGAAUGCUUGAAGCUAUGAUUGCUGAAUUUCUACAACGGCAAUUGGAAAGAAAGAAAGAAAAAACUAAAAAUGAACCAACUCCUCAAACUGUUCCUUCACCAAUUCCUAGUAUUGUUUCUCAAGUUUCACUCAUUAAUGAUGUGCGUGAUCCCACCCAACUAAUUAGAACUAAGGGGCGUCCAAGGGUUGCUUCACGUAUAAAAUCGAGCAUAGAAAUGUUGGCAAAACAACAAAGGACUUGCAGUUGCUGUCAAGGAAAAGGUCAUUAUAAAACUGGUUGUCAGAAGCAAAAGGUAUAUGUGAAGUUGAUGUUUGUGUGAAGUUGAUGUUCGUGUUUGACUUUUUAAACUCGGGGUCAAAUAAUGUAUGUUUUAUUUGUAGAUGGAUAUUGCAAGAGAUAAGCAAAAGGAGUAGAAAUUAUUGUUCAUAUUUUCAUGGUUUCAUUUUGGUAAGCACUGAUUGAUUUAUCUAUCUAUUUAAUAUUUAUUUUUAAGUAUAACAUUUAUUUUUUGCUAGAUUUUGUAUUGUGCUGUAGGAAAAUCUAAAGCUCGGGACCUGCUUAACCAAAGAAGAACAGAAGACUUAGUAUCUAGUGUUUUUUGUAAUGUAUCUAGCUUCUGUAAUGUAUUGUACAUGCUGCACAUGUUGGGUGCUUUAUUUUUUGCAAAUGUAUCUAGCUUCUAUAAUGUAUUGUACAUGAUGCACAUAUUGGGUGCAUUAUUUUUUGAAAAUGUAUCUAGCUUCUAUAAUGCAUCGCACAUGCUCUGCACA